AUCGGCCCAUGAUGUCAAUCCCCAGCACAUUUGUUUCCUUGGAAGUUGUGGGACUGUAUGUUUUUGGUUUCACAUUGGUUGUGGGAACAAAGCCAUAAGCUUCCUGACUGGUAAAAAAUUUUUUUAAACGUUCUGAGAACAGAAGUGAAAAAUUACCUGUUUUAAAAAGGUUUAUUUUUAGGUUGCAGAGAGGUUCUGAGAACAUUUUACUUUGGUUCCUUGAAACUUUUCCUGGGAGGUUUUGUUGAUUCUCUGAAAAAAGAAAUUCUACAUUUUGAUGACUUUCACUCAAUGCAAGUGGUCAUGACUUUAACACUGCUAGCUUAUUUGGGGUUAACUUUUUUUAACUACAAGCACUAUUAAAAUGCAUGGAAAUUCAUUUCCUUGGGCACUAAUCAUGCAGACACAUUUCUUUCUUAUUGUGACAAGGCAUCAGUGAGAUACAAACCUAUCAUCUUUUGUUUUCUAUCCAUGGAAUUAGUCCACCAGGAAGGAGCUAGCAUGCCAUGUUCUUUUUAGUUUAUUCAAACAGACCCCAUUUUAUAGGAAUCAAGCGCUCAUUAUGAUCAGGUGUGGCCAAUUAGUGGGCGUGGCCAACACACUUAACAAGAUAAAGGACAGUUUUGUUGAUGCUGAGACUGAGGGAUUGUAUGUUUUCAAAUAACAUUCUUAGAAUGUUCUCUGAAUAUUACUCAAAGUUUCUUGUGGUUUUUAUGGAAAGUUUUCUUAAUGUUCUUAGAUCAAUUUGAGAACACAGCUUUAAAUAGAACCAUGAGGAAACCUGUGUGAAAUGUUAUGCUGAAGUACUGAAAUUCCCGCAGAAUUUUUUUUAAACAUUCUCUGAACUUUUGAGAACAUGUCCCAAUGUCGAACCAGUUGGAAUGAAAUGUAACCAAUGUUUGACCUUUUUUUUUUUUUUUUGUAUAGUUCCUUAAAUGUGCUGAGAAUAUUCCAAAGCCAAGCAACUAUCCGGCACCAUUCACAGAAAGUUAAGGAAAGGUUGUAUGCAAAUAACAUAGGCCAACCACGCUCUCACCAAGCUCUAAGAAACGUGGUUCACAGAACGUUAUGUGCUACCUGGGUAGGGACUUAAAAACAAAAAUCCAUUCUUCUCAUUAAUAGGAAAUCACAAAAGGCCAAAAUACUGAAUUAUUUCCUUUUAUCCUGCCAUUAGUUUAAACAGCACUGAUCUGAUUUCCCAAACACCAUUGAGGUAUUAGGAGAGAUUCUUCUCACUGUUAUUGCUGACCUGAACUGCACAUGAUGUAUGUUUGAAGGGUCCCUUGUAGUACUUUACAUUGACAAACUAUACAUCUUUUGUUUUUACUUAUAGUUGUAUGUAGCCAUAAUGUUACAACACGUUUUCCUAUUUUGUUGUGACGCUAUUUGUAGAUACUGUGGGCAGUCGCCUGCUAUAGGCUACAACUGCGAAAUGAGUCAUUACAUUUUUUAUGUUUUAACCAGAUUAGGGAGGCUACUUUUUCUUACUUAUGAAAAUUCGUCAUGAGUAAGGUAGCUUUUGUAAAUAAUUAUAGAUCGUUCAUAAAUCAGAGUAUGUUGAACUUCUUUCAAUAAAUGCGACCGAUUCUUAUACAGUGAAAUUCUCUCUCAAUUCAAAGGGUUUUAUUGACAUGGGAAACAUGUUUACCUUGCCAAAGAAAGUGAAAUAGAUCACACAAUUUAAAUAAAGUAACAGUAAACAUUACUUAAAAAAGUUUCAAAGGAAUAGAGACAUUUCAAAUGCCGCUAUGUCUCUCCCUCUCUUUUCGCGAGGGUGCAUGCAUGUGUAUGUAGAGAAAGCGCAGGGUGUUGCAGUUGCACUUGGUUGUGCAAUCCGACACGCCUGAACGGAAUUGUUUAUUGCGCAUAGCCAGUAUUUCCAUUUUUUUGCCGCGUACGGGUGAAGUCACUACCAGUCCAGUAGGCUAUUUAGGGAUGAGUACAUUGUGCUCUUCCGCGGAUAUAUCGAACUUGGAACUGCUGACGUUCUAACUUGUCUUUUAUUCUGAUUUAAAGUAUUAUUGUCAGUGAUGUAUACAUUUAAGAGCAUCUCUUGAAACUCACGAGGCAAUUCAUGCAAUAUUUUCAGUUUUCUAUUGGUAGAGCAGGCGUGUGUCGAAUGAAAGGAGUUAAAUUCAUUAUUUGGACAGUUCCAUGGUGCUGAAAGGAUUGCUCAUAUUUCACUAAGCAGCAAUGGGUUCCCUAGUUUGGGAUAGGCAUCUUUCAUGCCUUCUUCUCCUGUCAUCUUUUCUUCUGCUGCUCAGCAAGGGGGAGAGGAUGUGCCCAGCAAGUUGUCGCUGUGAAGGGAAGAUUGUUUAUUGCGAGUCUGGCAUCUUUCAAGAUAUCCCAGAAAACAUCUCUACUGGAUGUCAGGGUCUGUCCCUGCGCUACAACAGCCUACUGACUCUGCUGCCUUACCAAUUCGCUCAUCUCAACCAGCUCAUCUGGCUUUACCUGGACCACAAUUACAUCACUGCCAUAGAUAGCUUAGCCUUUCAGGGUGUGCGUAGGCUCAAAGAACUGAUUCUCAGCUCUAACAAAAUUACAGUUCUACAAAAUAAGACUUUCAAUGCUGUACCAAACCUGCGUAAUCUUGAUUUGUCCUACAACCAGCUACAGUCUCUGCAGCCAGGUCAUUUCUAUGGUCUGCGUAAGCUCCAAAACCUUCACCUACGAUCCAAUGGUCUCAACAGGAUACCUGUACGCACUUUCCUGGAGUGUCGCAACCUGGAGUUCCUGGACCUGGGUUACAAUCACCUACGCACCCUAUUCCGCACCACCUUCUUGGGGCUGUUCAAGUUGAAAGAGCUUCAUCUGGAGCAUAAUCAAUUUUCAAGGAUACAUUUUUUUAUUUUUCCACGCCUUAACAAUCUACAGGUCCUCUACUUGCAAUGGAACCGCAUACGAGCCAUCAAUCAGGGCCUGCCUUGGAUCUGGCAUACGCUGCAAAAAUUAGACCUCUCAGGAAAUGACAUCCAGAUCUUGGACCCAGCUGUUUUCCAGUGUAUGCCAAACUUACAGAUACUCAAUCUUGAAUCCAACAAGCUGAGCAACGUGUCUCAGGACACGGUGUCAGCGUGGGUCUCCAUUACCACCAUCAGCCUGGUGGGUAACGUCUGGGACUGCAGCCCUACUAUCUGCCCCCUGGUGACCUGGCUGAAGAACUUCAGAGGCUCAAAAGACAUCAACAUGAUAUGCAGCAGCCCCAAGUCAGUUCAGGGAGACAGAGUAAUCGACAUAGUGAGGAACUACACAAUAUGUGUGGACAUAUCAGUUGUAGACCAAACCACAGCUAUGAUCAUGAGGCAAACCACAGCCUUAGUUGUGGACACCAAAAAGCCCACCACACCUCUCUCUAACACGACCACAAUAACCCAAGGUCUACCUGCAUCAACUGUACAAAGACUCACUCCACAACCUGUCUCUCCCAUUGUGACAGAAAAAGACACAACAGAGUCCAUACUCAUGACCUCCAUCUCUCCAGAAUCCUCCUCAUUUUUCCCAGAACUAGAGUUUGAGCAUAUGGCCUUCCAUAAAAUCAUUGCAGGCAGUGUAGCCCUAUUUCUGUCUGUGUCAUUGAUCCUGCUGGUAAUUUAUGUCUCGUGGAGGCGCUACCCCAAUAGCAUGAGGCAGCUGCAGCAGCACUCAGUCAACCACAAGCGCAGAAAAAAGGCCCGGAAGCAGGAGCUUAACCUUAACUCUCAGUUGCAAGAGUAUUAUUUGACUUACCAUUCAAACUCUGAGACCAUGGAUGCAUUGGUAAAUGAGACAAGGGCCUGCCCCUGCACAAUUUCAGGAUCCAGAGAAUGUGAGGUAUGAUCUGUCAAGUCCAUCUGAAAAACGCACUCUGCCUGGGGGUCAGAGGUAAAUGUUUUCCAUAGGGAUGCACUGUAAACCUCUUUAGUGAAUGGAGACUGAGUAAAACUCCCAUCCUCUGACUCUGUUCUUACUGUUGUUUUAAAUUCAAGUUAUCCAUCCUAAAAACGCACUUUACAGCUGCUUGGGAGUCAGAGCUAAAUGUUUUCCAUAGGGAUGCACUGUACAGGUCACUGUGUGCAUGGUGACUGACAACUUACAUCCUCUGUUUGACUCUUGUUAUUGUUGUUUUAAAUUAACGUUAUCACAUUAAGAACACAUUGAUUGAAUGAAUUAAUCCUGUUUGUGAAUAUAAACCUACUUUCUUUCAGCAGGAAAAUAAUCCUGCAUCAACAGGAAAUUUGUGGAUUAUAAUUAAUGGCCAUUUUUGUAGGGGUUGAUACAUUUUUCCUUAGGGCAAAUCAAGUUUUAAGCUAGUAAUAGUAAACGUUAGAAGCUUUUUAAGCCUUGAAUAUACACUAGAAAUGUGCAUUUCCUGCAGUGCAGGAAAAUUCUCAGCAACAAAAGAGGGAUCAAAUUGAGAUGGCACAUCUGUAUCUGCUGUUGAUUACAAAUUACCCCACUUUUCACUUUUCUUAUCCUUGAGUAAUAUUGAGAUCUUCGUGUUAAUACUUGUAUACAAGUAACUGAUAGACUUUAUGUGUAGUAUUUUCCAAUAUUUAGCUCUUGUUUGUUUUAUGUAAUUAUGGUAACUGUAUGUGAAAUUGAUUUAUGUCAUUAAACUUGUGAAUGGUAGUUGCUAAAUAA